GAUCUGAGCCUGAGCUGCUGCUGCAGCUCGGAGCUGUGCGGUGCGGUGCGGGCGGUGCGGUGCAGAGGCUGCCGCGCUGACAUGGUGAGCGGACCGGUGCGGGAAACCCUCCUUUCGCCGGUCUGCUGUUCACUUCUUAGGAUCUCUGACCACCAGGUCCAGCCUGCUCGUUUUUUUUUUUUUUUUAACCAGCUGGAAGCAUUGAGUGGCCCAUCAUGAUGGUCUGGAGGCUUCAGCACAGACUCUCUCUCCUGCUAACUGCACAUGUCAUCUACUCAGCUGUGAUUCACGUGGGAGCCGUGGAGGGGAGCAGAGAGUGCAGAGAGCAGGAGUACAAGGACCGCUCCGGGAACUGCAAACCGUGCAAACAGUGCGACGCGGGACAGGAGCUUUCUAAGGAAUGUGGCUUUGGUUAUGGAGAGGAUGCCCGGUGCGUGCCUUGCCGGAGCAGCCGCUUCAAAGAGGACCGGAGCCUGCAGAAGUGCAAACCCUGUCUGGACUGUGGCCUCAUCAACCGCUUCCAGAAGGGCAACUGCUCCACCACCAGCAAUGCCGUGUGUGGCGACUGUCUGCCGGGAUUUUACAGGAAGACAAAAUUAAGUGGAUUCCAGGACAUGGAGUGCAUACCUUGUGGGAACCCUCCGCCUCCAUUUGAGCCCAAUUGUAGCGGGCGUGUGAACCUGGUGCCUCUGCCCUCCGUGGUGACCAGUCCUCGGGACGUGGCCCUGGCCGCGGUCAUCUGUAGCGCUCUGGCUAUGGUGCUGCUGGCGCUGCUGGUUCUGUGCGUCAUCUACUGCAAGAGGCAGCUGCUGGAGAAGAAGCCCAGCGCCGCCUCUCUGAGGUCCCAGGACUGUCCCUACGGCGGGGCGGAGCUGUCCUGCCUGGACGCCCGCUGGCUCCACGACUUCCCCCAGAGGAGCUGCUGCCAGUGUCACCUGGACCCCGGACACCACUGUGGUGCGGUCCACCUGAUCCCCUCCCUGUGCUGCGACGAGCUCUGCAGUCUGGGCCACAGCCGGAGCACCAGUCCUUUCCAGUCGCAGAUGAGCCUCAACGACAAAAAUACACACCCGCAUGAAGAAGAUGCUCCGAUGUGGCUGGCAGGCCACGCAGAGCCUGAGUGUGUGGGAGACCACGGGAUGUCAGGAAGGGUCGAGCCUCCUGGAUACGUGGAGCAUCCUCACUGCGGGGGAGACCCUGUAGAAGGAAGUGAGGAGGGAGGAGAGGAAGGGGAAAGAUUGAGGGAGCUUUCAAAAGGAAGGAGGAGUGAGGAAUGCAGCGACACUCUGACUGAUGCACUUCUUCCUGAAAAACAAGGGAAAACGCAGGAAGGGUGACGCGGCCUUCUUUGGCUCGGACCACCCCGGACUCCACACCAGCCGCGGCCGGAUCCAGUCUCGGAUUCCUACCCAGCCUCCCCCCGCACACACAAAGACACACGAAACCCCCCCCCAGUGCGGCCGCGCCGUCUCCUUGAAACGCCUUCUCGAUCAGCUCGGAGCCCUCCGUCAGACGGCGCGCCAGCAUCUCCCCAGGAGCACUGCGGCAGAGGGCUAAAAACACUAAAACACACUGAGAAUGUGAACUCGACGGCCCACCGGGGCUCGGUCAUAUGAAGUUGAAGCGUGACUUUAAGCCGUGAAGCAAAACGAACCCUGAGAAUGUCUCGCAUCUUCACAUGUAGGAGAAUCUAAACUGUACCGCUCGUCUAGAAGCAGGUGUUAUGAAGCUUUUGUGUGUAGAAGUUUGAGGAAACGUGUAAAAAAAA